CGAUAGGAUUGUGGGUUUAAGGCACCAGUAGACAUAUUUAGUUCACCUUUGUUAGCUUCGGCAAAUUUCGGAAAUCUUCGGCGGUUUUGGUUGCAAAUCCGUUCAACACGUAGCUACUUUUGGUGAUUUGGUUCUGAAACUACUCAGAAAUGCACAUUUCUCGUCUGAUUACACGUGUUUUGUUUUUUCUUAAGGUUUGUUUUAGGGUGCAUGGCACAGAGUCGUUUUGUAAAAUCUCCAGAGGGUUUCAUACAAAUAUAUAUUCAAUAUUGCUGUAUGACAAGCCAUUGUCAGAAUUAAAUGGAACUUAGCAUGACAAUUUAUAAUUUAAACUUCUUUGUUAUUUCAAAAUGAAAAUAAAGGAAAGAAAACCAUAAAUUGUAUAACUUUUUUUAGUUCACUGAUUUUGCAAAUACGAUUAUCUCUCCGACUUUCUGUGAUUAAAUACAUCCUAAUGGGUGCAAUGACGUGUUUCAAAGCCAAUGGCCAGAGCAAGUCUCUACCGAAGUAAAUCGUAUAUAGAUUUUCCCUUUGUGUUAAAUUAAAACCAUCGUGAUUUUUUCAUAUGCCACAUCACAUGAACGAGUUUCAAUCGAUUUUAUCAUCAAAAUUGAUGUUUGCCAACCUAUACAAAUCGGGUACUCGGUAAUAAGGUUCUAUUCGGAUAAUGUCCGGAAAUACUGAACAAGCGAAAAAGUCCAAGGGGAGAAAACCGCCAUCUUAUCAUAGCAGGCAGAUCCCCCCACCUAAACCGCCGAAGACCUUGAAAGAAGACAUUUUCAGUGAGGAGAAAUACAAGUUUGUCGAUGACUAUGUUCUUAAUGCGCCUCCAAAGCUUCUCAUGGGGUCCUUUAAAGAACUCAUCAGAUACCUCACGGCUGAGGAAGACUGGGAUGAUCUCGCUAAGGCGCGCGCCAUCUUCCGGUGGGUGACCGCCAUUGAUGUGUACAGUUUAAGGGUGGAUAGUGAUCCUCCUGCCCACUCACCAUUGGAGUACUUCACUAAAAUCCAAAAAAACCAAGGCAACCAUGCUCACCUGGUUUCAGGAUUAUGUCAAAUGGCAGGUUUACCUUGUGUAAUCAUCAGUGGUAUGAACAAAAGCGCUGCCUACGAAAUUGGAAAGAAAUGUGAACGGAAGCAAAUGGGUGCACAGUGGAAUGCCGUAUUUAUCAAAGAUGACUGGAGAUUCCUGGACGCCUUUUGGGCCUCUGCCUGCGUUGUCGGGAAGAAGUCCAGUGAUUGGACACUUGUUGACAAUGAUGGUAAUGUGACGCAGGAGGAGGAGGAGGAGGAAUCGGAAGGGGAAACACAACAUCGUGUCAAUGAAUUCUACUUCCUUCCUAAUCCCGACCAAUUGAUAUGGACGCACUUUCCGGAUGAGCAGGAUUGGCAGCUAUUGGUGAAACCAAUCUCGGUCAAGGAUUACGAAAGUCACGUGUACGUUAGAGAGAGGUUCUACUACCUUGGAAUCAACUUUACACCUAAAAGCGAAACAAAAUGUGUACUUACGGCAAAAGAUGGGGAAAUCUCUCUUCCUUUCACUUUACCUGCAGAAGAAAGCGAAUUCUAUAGGUUCAAAUACAUGCUUUAUAAAAAUAAAUCGGCAGGUGGGGAGGACACUGGAGCGGAUGUUAAUCUCGAUAGGUUUGUAUUGUUCGAGCAUACAGCCGACAGUCUUCGUUUCGCGUUGAGAUUUCCUUUGGCGGGGAAAUUUAAAAUGGACAUAUUUGGGUUAGACGUGCGACACUCUGAUAUCUUUGAUUUGACCUGCACAUACCUCAUUCAUUGUCCAGAAGCUCAGAAGAAUUGCCUUCCAUUGCCAGAUUGCCCGCCCAUUGGUUGGGGUUUCGGUGGUGAUGCCAAAAAUGCUGGAUUGGAGGCAAAAUCCCACGAUGGCGCAAUUAUCAUAACAAAAGAUGGAAAAGUUGAAAUAAAACUAGGCGCACAUAAAGACAUUCGAUUGCAUCAGCUGUUGAAAAACACAAUAGUUGACGAGGCAACUCUUAGCAAAUACGCAGUGAUUCGAGAGGAGAAUGGUGAAUUUAUCGUCGACAUUCGAUUACCACAAGGAGGAGAAUAUGCCAUGAAAUUAUAUGCAAAUGAGGAUGGAGAAGAUGGAGAGGCUGGUAACGUUUUGAAUUAUCUCAUCAAAUGCAACGAGAAGAAUCUGACGAACAAACCUUUCCCGAACGUCACUGAUGGUUUCAUUGGAAAGAAAUCGAUUGCUGAUGCCUUGGGUGUAAAAGCUUUAUCCCACAAAGAAGGCAAAAUCCAUUCGAAAGAUGGAAAAUUAAAAUUGGAAUUCCAGGCUAAAAACAAUAUGGAACUUGUAUGUGAGCUUCACAGCAAUGAUCCUAACGCCACAAAGCAUAUGAAAGUCUAUCCUAAAGAAGUGAAUGGGAAGUGGAUAUUUGAUGUGGACAUGCCCAUCGAAGGGGAAUAUUCAGUGAACGUUUUUGCCAAGAAAAAGGGUGAUGGUAACAAGAGGAUUUAUAAUGUACAUUCCUACAUGAUCCAGUCGGAUGGGCAUGCUUUAGAAGAUGGGGAAGAUAACGAAUCAAAAACCGGAGAUGACUCUAAAGAAGAAAUUAAAGUAGUCACCGAAACCGUUCAAACAUCAGAAAAAGAAAUUUUGAUACCAGUACCCAAAGGCUUCGACAACGUCGUUGCAUGUCUUCAUAGGAGACAUGCAGACGAUCUUCCAAAUGCGCAAGAGAUGGAAUUUAUGGAGCAAGACGGAAUGAAAUUAUUCAAGGCCACUUUUGACGAAUACGGAGAAUACAUUAUGGAUCUCUACCAAAAAGACGAAAAUGGCCAAGUGAAGAACAUAGCUAGGUACCAAGUCAAUAGGAAACCAGCUUCUGAGCUGUACCAAGAUGACGCUCGCUUGUUGAUGGAGCAGCUGCAGUCCGACAUGCAACAAAACCGCGAUGACGAACAGCGAAUGCAGGAUGAAGCAAACCAGGAACUCGGAGCUCUCAAGAAAGACAUUCAAAAAGCAAUGGACUUAAAAAAUCCAGAGAUGCUUGAAAGGAGUAUAGCAGCGUUCGAAGCAACAAACCCACCGGAAAAUGAUAAAAUGUUGCAGAAGGCAAAGAGGCUUCUAGAACUCCUAAGAGCAAAAGAAGAGCUAAAUACAGCAUCACACAGCCGAGACUUAGAGCAGCUGGACAAGGCAAUCAAGCGAGCCAAAGAAGCUAACUAUGACAGUCUUCUGGAUCUACAAAUUGUCAUGGCAGGCCGUCUCAGGGAUCAGCUACACAGAAUAGAGAAACUCCGCCAUUCUGUUCUUAACAUGGACAAGAGAACAGUAUCCGAGAUCCGCAACUACGGAAAUCCACCAGAUGGCGUUCACCAGUCAAUCCAGGCGGCGUGUUUGCUACUUGGACACACCAAAAAGGAGGUCAAGGAGUGGAAAACGUGCCAGAUCAUCUUAGGGAAGACCGGCAAAGAAUCAAUAAUGCGUCACAUAUCCAACUUUGACCCCAAAGACUGUUACCUAGAUGUAGCCCUGUCAUCUAAAAUGCUGCUUGAACCGUAUUCACUGGAACAGAUUCGUGACGUCAGCGCCGGGGCUGCUACGUUUUUUGUUUGGGCCAAAGGUAUGAUUGAGGAAGUAGAGGCGACAGGUGGCGCUGAGAGACCAGACGAUAAAAUGAAAGACAAGACCACCACCAAAAAGGGAAAAUCCACACCAGGCUCCAAGAAAAAGAAGAAGUAGACUCCAAAGGCUGAAAGCGUCACCGAGAAUGCAAAUUCCUAGAAAUAUUUCUUAUUGGAUCUGAAUGACAAUCAGUGUUAUUAUGUUAGUCAUAUGCCUUGUUGAAUAUUGCUGCUGAAUAUUUAAGUGGUAAAAGAAUGCUCGAAAUUAAGUUCAUAUGUUGUUCAUCUAAAUCUCACACCUGAAGAAAUUAUUCAAUUAGUAUAUGGUGAAAUGAAAACAUGAUAAAAUCACGAUUUAUAGACUAUCAUAUGCAUGCAUAUUUCCCCCUGAACACGUCAUUUUAGUUUAAAUACUUGUAAUCGAGGGUAAGGAUAUAGUUUCAUGAUAUUCACCAAUCUUUAUGUAUCCCCAUACUACAGCAGAUUAUGAACGUUUCUCCAAUUCAAACAUGAAAAAGAGGUGUGUGGGUUUUUCUUCUUUUUUUUUUAAACAAAGGAAACGCAAACAAAAAUAGCUAUUGUCUGUGAUGGAUAUUAAUACAUGAUAAUGUUUUAUGCUGCACAAUAUUUUAAAAAAUUUCAUUGGAUUUUUUUUUAAUGUUGAAUGUAAUUAGAAGUUAGAGUGCAUUUAUUUUGUGAAAUAUGUUGCGAUUUACACUUUUACGCAUACAUGUAUUUUAAUUUUUUUCGGAAAACACUGGGUUAUAUAAAACAGUGUUGAUUUUACUCACGUGUUAAUUCUACUCCGUCCAAGUUUUCCUUGCACAAUGUAUUUCUCAGUUUGUAAGCCAUUAAUAGAGCAGACCACGGAGGAAUCUUGUAAAAAUAGCUAAUAUUCUAUGAUACCGCAGAUAUAUAGAUAUAUAUAUAUAUAUACAUGUAUUAUAUAUAUAUAUAUACUUUCUACAGACUAUAUAUUUUAUCAGAUACUGAAGUCAAAAGAACGACAUUUCUGGUGGUUAAGGGUCCUGAUAUUAAUCACGGUUAGAUUUGAGCAAUUAGAGAAAAAAAAAUAUUAAUUAGAUUUUUUUUUUCAUUUUUAGCCCCUAUCUUCAAUAAGUCACAAUCUGCAUGAUUCUUACAGGGACUGCUACUCAAUUAGGAAACGAAUUCCCGUCCUAUAUAUUUUAUUUUUUUUAAAUUUAUUUUUCGUUUUGUUACUUAUGAUUUAAUAAAUGCAUCAUCAAUA